CGCCAAGUGACACGAAGUGAAUUCAGGUUUCCUAGGGACCCGUUCUUCUACAAAAGAAGGGGCGUUGCCUAGGAGCCUCUAUUUUUUACCCUCUCCACUAGAAGUCCCCCAGCCAUCCCCGUUGAGCUCUGACCCGUCCGAAAUGUCUGAAGCGCCUCAUGAUAGUGCGGGGGAACACCGUGGCUUAAAACAGAAGAUUGAGCAUCCGUUCCCGAAUCUCCGUGAGAAGCUAAAGCAGACCCGCCUAUACGAUGCUAAGAUCAAGGCAACACAUCUGAAGCACAAGAUGGGAAAGUUUGCCAAUCUGCUCAAUACGAAUCACCGUCACGACGAGGAGCAUGAGCAGAAGACGGAUGAGAAACGAAGUAGAGUCUGUGAGGGCCACCGUUUCAACUCUUUUGCUCCCGAACGAGACGGCAAUUUAAUCAAGUGGUACGUUGAUGGGAGGGACUACUUUUGGGCUGUGUCGGAGGCUUUGGAGAAGGCGAAAGAAACGAUAUACAUUGAGGAUUGGUGGCUCUCUCCGGAACUUUUCCUGCGUCGACCUCCUUACUACAAUCAAGAAUGGCGUCUCGAUCAAAUUCUCAAGCGGCGAGCAGAGGCUGGAGUUAAGAUUUAUAUCAUCGUGUAUAAGGAGGUGUCAGCAGCGCUCACCUGCAACAGCCAACAUACUAAGAAAGUCAUGAUGAAUCUCAUUCCCGAAGGCAAACCAGGCUACGGCAAUAUCAAACUCAUGAGACACCCAGACCACAACGUACUUGAGAAUGCUUCGGAUAUGACGUUCUACUGGGCACAUCAUGAAAAGUUCAUUGUCAUUGAUUAUGAGCUUGCCUUUAUUGGUGGCCUAGAUCUUUGCUAUGGCCGCUGGGAUGAGAAACAACAUCCUUUAGCCGAUGUCCAUCCUUCAGGUGUUCAAAACGAGAUUUUCCCCGGUCAGGACUUCAACAACAACCGUAUCAUGGACUUCCAAAAGGUCGAGGACUGGAAAUCAAAUCAAUUGAGCAAAGCUGAAUAUGGAAGGAUGCCAUGGCAUGACGUCGCCAUGGGCGUGAUCGGUCCUUGCGUUUGCGACAUCGCAGAACACUUCGUUUUGAGGUGGAACUUCUGCAAGCGCGACAAAUACAAGCGAGAUGACCGGUAUGAUUGGCUCACGUUAGAAGGCCGAGAAGGCAACGAUGAAGACCUGGUUGGUGUCCAGAGGCCGAAAUUUCCUGUUGGUGACUACACCCAUCACCCACUUAGCCCGCUGAGUACGAAGAACCUUGAUAAUCGCGGAACAGUUCACGCGCAGAUCGUUCGGAGCACCGCAGAUUGGAGUAGUGGGAUUCUUCCAGCUGAACACAGCAUUCAAACUGCUUAUUGCGACUUGAUCCGGGAAGCCCAGCACUACGUUUACAUCGAGAACCAGUUCUUCAUCACCGCAACAGGCGACAAUCAGAGUCCGGUACACAAUCAGAUCGGGCGCGCUAUUGUCGAUGCAGUGGUCCGGGCUAGCCAAGAGGGUAGGAAAUUCAAGGUCAUCAUUAUCAUUCCUGCAAUUCCCGGUUUCGCCGGUGAUCUCAGAGAGGACGCGGCAACAGGGACUAGGGCUAUCAUGGACUACCAGUACAAGAGCAUCUGCCGUGGAAAACAUAGUAUCUUUGGUCGCGUUGAGGCCCAAGGAGUCGAUCCGAAAGAGCAUAUUUUCUUGUUCAAUCUCCGCUCGUACGAUCGAUUGAAUGUUACUUCGAAACUGAAGGCUCAAGAAGAAAAAUCAGGCAUGAAAUACUCGGACCUUCAACGGGUGGAGGCCGACGAGAUUGAAGCCCCAGCGGAAGGUGGACAAGAAGCCAAGGAGAAGGCUGCGGAUAUGAGGCGACGAUUUGAAUCCUACCGUGGAGAUGUGGGAAUGGGUGAUCAGGGAGGCAUCAUUGACGCAGAUUCCAUUGCAGAUGAUGCCAUGCUAACUGAGAAGAAGCCAAGCAAAGAAGAAUGGGAGGGGGAUCCGGAGGAUGAAAAGGAAAAUUUCUUCCAAGAGGAGCUGUAUGUGCACGCAAAGGUAUGUAUCAUUGACGAUAGGUAUGUCAUUUGCGGCAGCUCCAACAUCAAUGAUCGAUCGCAACUUGGUUUCCACGACUCCGAACUUUCCAUCGUCAUGUACGAUACCGACAAGGUUGAAAUCGAAAUGGACGGUGCUCCAUUCAAAGCAGGGCGCCACGCUCAUACUCUCCGGAGCAUACUCUGGCGAGAGCACCUCGGUCUCAUCCCACCGCAAACCCUGGACGCCACUGAGGACCCGAAUGCGCAGCCGCCGGGCAAUACCCCGAACGACAAUCUCGAAGGGCCCGAGUUUGACUUCGUCAAGGACCCGCUUUCGGAUAAAUUAUGGAAUGAGUGGUAUGAGCGCGCAUCUACCAAUACUUCAGUCUUCAGAGACCUCUUCCAUGCGGACCCGGACGAUGAGAUAUUGACAUUCGAGGACUACGAUGACUUCACACCAAAUCCAAAAAAUGAUAAGGAACACAAGCAGGGGCACUUGUAUGAUAAGAGUAGGCCGGUUGCGGAGAUCCGGAAAGAGUUGGAUAGGAUUAAAGGGCAUUUAGUGUGGAUGCCGUUGAAGUUCUUGGAGAAAGCGGAGAUGGCGGAGAAGGGGCUGCAGGUCAAUCAGUAUACCGAGAGCAUCUAUACUUGAAGCGGUUCUUUGAGGUAAUAAUGGAAAUGAUAUGUCAGUGCUUGGGUACUGUGCAUGAAAAGCAUUACUACAAUUAGGAGGUCUAGUCUGGAAGUUUGGGCGGGCUUUUGAAUCACGUUAGUACCUCCCAACUCUGCUUGCAUAUUUUCAGAGACAAGGUUUGGUUUUCAUUUCCUGGAUUUACAUUUUUGACCAGUGUUCCUUUCUUACCUGUGGAGUCUUAGUAAUAAUGUAUUGCCAACGUCUUGUUAGCAUAAGGACAG